UAAAACUGAGAUAAGGAGAAUUUUUUCCUUACAAAAGGUUGUUAGUCUGUGGAAUUCUCUUCCCCAGAGAGCAGUGGAGGCUGGCUCACUGAAUUUAUUUAAGGCUGAGUUAGAUUCUUGGUCAACAAAAAGCAGGUUAUGAGGGACAGGCAGGAAAUUAGAGUUCAGGCUACAAUCGGAUCAGCCAUGAGCUUCUGGAACGGAUGAGCAGGCUCAAGGGGCCGAAUGGCCUACUCCUACUCCCAAUUCUUGUGUUCGUUGUAAGCUUGCCCUAUCAUUCCUGUGGUCAAUGAUCUAGCUUCCACUGCUCAUUGAAGAAGACAAUUCCAAACACUAACAACCCUCUGAGAGGACAAAUUCCCCCUCAUCUCCAUUUUCAAUAUUUUGACGCUGUGCCCCCUAUUCUAGAUUCCCCCAUGAGGGGAAACAUCCUCUCAGCUUCUGAGCCCAAGAACUCCCUGAAGAUCAACCUCAAGUUGCUGCUGUAGUUUCAGCAGAAGAUCAAAGGGAAUUCCAUCAUGAACACUUUCACUUUGUGAAGGAAAAUUUCAUAAAUGUAAAGUUAAGACGUUGCAGACGGAGCAGAAAAAAAUCAUCCCGCUAGGCUUUGCUAAACUGUCUCUCCAGUCCUCACGACUGGAUGAAAAUGGAAUGUGAAAGAGAGAAGUGGACGUCAGAUGUAAAGAAGGGAGAACUUCAGAGCCACCACCAACCUGGAACAACGGUGCCGGACAUUGGCCAGAAUCCUCCACUCCAAUUGGCGGUGUGCGUCGUGGCAAGCGGGAGGGGGCAGAAUUUGGUGGGAGGGGCAGAAAUCGGUUUCACGCUGACGUGAAAUCACAUCGGGAUUAUCUGAUGGUGCCCACCAUGGCGUACUGCGAAACCCACUGGAGAGGCCGGCAUGAACCUGAGUUGCAUCCCACUAAUGGGAUGCAAAUUAAGGCCUGAUCGGAAUCGUCCCCAACAUCAAAUUCAUCUCAGGCCCUGCCAGAGCUGAGGGAUGACAGGAGUUCAUGAGAGCUGAAUUGGAUGAUCAGCUUCUCCAGAUCUUGAGGAAAUAAACCUCCUUCAUGUGGUGGGAAAGGUUUGAGAGGCUGAAUGGCCUCUUCCUGUUUUUAUUUGUGGAGAAUUGGCCCAACAUAUGGGGGAGGUUGUAUUUAAGUGGGAAUGACUGUACUGGGCAAAGAGUGAUCAUGGAAGGUUCUACAAUCCAUGGGAGGGCAGGUCUCAGUUUAAUGUCUCAUCCAAAAUAUGGCAUCUCUGACAGUGUAGCACUCCCUCAGCUAUGCACUGACAAUAUCAGCCAGAACCUUGCUCUCAUGUCUCUGGAGUAGAAAUUGAAACCACAGCCUUCUGACUCAGAGAUUAUGAAAAUCAAUCCUGUGACAAUUCACCAGGAGGCCAAUCAAAAGGUAAAACCCCAAGCGUGGGCGAUAUCAUGAGGACUUUUGAAGGUGUAAAGGAAUAUUUGAACGGCUCGAAUAUGACAAUCAACACAGUGAGAGAGAGAGACAAAAUCCUUCUGACUGGUCCUAUCACAACAACGAUCAUCCCAGCUCUUUGCAUCCUCAUCUUUGUCACUGGGCUCUCAGCCAAUGGGCUGGCUCUCUGGAUAAUGUCAACAAAAAUCAGGAAAUUGCCUUCUACCAUCUUCCUGAUCAACUUGGCGACUGCCGACCUUCUCCUGAUCCUGGUGCUGCCGUUCAAGAUCUCCUACCACCUCCUGGGCAAUGACUGGCUCUUUGGUGAGGGACUCUGUCGGACGAUGAUCGCCUUCUUCUACGGGAACAUGUACUGCUCCAUCCUGCUGCUCACCUUCAUCAGCAUCGACAGAUACUUCGCUCUGGUCCAUCCAUUUCUCUCCAAGCGUUUCAGGGACAAUCGGUUUGCUGCUUGUGGUUGUUGUGUGAUUUGGGUAAUUGCUGUGUUACUGGUCUUACCGUUCCUCUUUGUGGAUCAGUUAUACCAGGUCCAGGACCUGAACAUCACUACAUGUCAUGAUGUGUUACCACUGGGAAAGCAGACUGUGUAUUUUUUCUAUUACUUUGUGUGUCUGGUUAUUGUGGGCUUUCUAAUUCCAUGUUGUGUUACUGUCUUCUGCUAUGGGUCUGUAAUCCAAACAUUAAUACUUACUGAGAAGAAGUACAAGCGAGCAGCAGUAGUCACUGCUUUAAUCCUGCUGGUCUAUGUGGUGUGUUUCACUCCAAGCAACAUCAUUUUACUAAUUCACCACUCUGAGUAUCGCCUCACUGAGGGCAGUGACCUCUAUAUUUAUUACAUGUUCUGCCUGGUUCUCAGUAGUUCCAGCAGCUGCAUUGACCCUUUCAUCUACUAUUACCUUUCUGAUGAAUUUAGGGCCAAAGUGAGGCAAGUGAUCUGCUGUCACAAGGGAAAGCACAGAGAACUCUCAGGUAAAACUUCCCAAGAGCUUCUUCGCACAACCAUUACCUCCUCAUCACACUCAAGGACUGGAGUGUCGAUGAGGAGCAUCUGAGUUUGUGUUGGAGCUGCAGAAAUCUCAGAAAACUGAGAAAAAUCAGCUGAUUGGUAAUUGUAAAUUGAGAAAAUAUUUUCAACCCAGCCCAGUUCAGCAUCAAAUAAUUACAAGAUUGAGAAAGGUCCAAAGUCUGUCAGUUCAAAUAAAGUUAGGAACUCUUGGUUUCUCCAAUGUCAUCAAUUUGGAAUUUUGAAAUGGAAAUUUGUUUUUCUUUUAAGUUUGUUGGUAGCCUACACAGCCAGAAACAGGCAGUAGGGGACGGAAGGCAUACAGGCCUCUAGACACAAGCGUUGGUGUUUACCCAUGCCCCACCCUUUUCCAGCAUCCACCAUCUAACCUGCUCUCUGCUUCAUUUCAAUUGUUUAUUCCCCCAGCCUCUACAACCCUCUGACAUUUCUUCCUGUUCCCUGCCUUAAAUCUUUUACAUUUAAUGUUAUCUCCGUGUUCCCAUGCUCUGGAUCCUGUAAACACUAGGAACAAUCUAUUUCUUUCCACCCUUCUCAUUCCUUCAAGAUUUUAACCAUUUCUAUCAACAUAGUCCUGUGAUCCCUGUUUGAACAAAAAUGGUGUCAAUGUUUCUUGCUGAUUGGUUUGAUUUUCAUGGACCUGGUGGUUUGUAAGAUGCCGGUGUCUGGUUGAUGCAUAAACCUGAAGUUGGAACCCCACACCCAUUCGCAUCAGCAACUUGAGGAAGAUGAUAACUUGUGGGAAGAUGUAAACUUUAUACAUGUCCCCAUAGUUCCAUGGCUACAUCAGUGUACAGCACUAACAAAUUGUUUGGACAUUUCUGUGAGAGCAUAUGAAUAGCGAAUGAAAGUACUCAUGGGUUCAAUAUUCCUAUCUGAUCAUAAUUGUGGGAUGCCUCAAAAGCCCCUCCUUAACUUGUGCAUGGUUUUCGUUCAUGAUCUGUCAGUUUGGUAUUUUUAGCUGGAGGCAAAUUAGUGGAGCCAGUUAUUCACGCCUCAACGAGCCCUUGCUGGGAUAAAAAUCACCAGAUUUAAACACAAACACAGCGCAAACACAGUGAGAUUUCCAAAGGUUUCCCAAUGAUUAGGUGGCAUGGCUGGAAUGUGAAAUGAAGGAGAAGCUGAAUCAGAGCAGGUAGUGAAUGACAGAAGACAGAAGCACAUCGAGCUAGUGCUGCUCGAGUUCUGAACCACAAAAAUCAGGUGGAAAAUAGGUGAUGAAACAAAAUCAAUGGACAAACAUUGGGAGGAGACAGGGAAGUUUGUUAAUCAUCUCUUAAAACAAUGGUGACACAGCCCAGAAGGAAAAAAACAGUAAAAACUGGGAAAUAAGCGUACUAGUCCCAACUGCUUUUUCAUUCUGGGAGCAGACAUCAAGGAUGCUCAGGAGAUCAGGUGGAAACAUCCACAGCAUUUCUGAUAGAAACACUGGUUUAUCAUUGAAUGGGAAAUCAGUAUCUGACAUCAGGAACGUUCUCCACAGCAUGAAUACACUGGAACUAAUGUUAAAGUAUUGUUAUGUGGCAUUAGCUGUGUGACUGCUGUCUGCUAUAAAGGGGCAUAGUGCCAUUCUGUGGUGUCAUUUAAUGCUGCAGAGUCAGCCUUGUUACACACCAGGAAGGAUUUAUAUUUAGCUGUAUAAGCAAGAGUGGAUGUUCCGCGUGAUGUGAGAUAUUGGGAAUGAAGUCCAGAGUGAUUAAGGAUUCAUUUUCUGGAGGAUCUGCACGGGAUACACCAUGGGGAUCAUUUUAAUCUAACAAACCCAGCAAGUGAUUCUAGUAAAUUCAGAGUGUAAAACUAAUUGAACCCUGUUAGGUUCUCACCAGGAAAUUACCCUCAAUUUGCUUCAGUAUUGAAAUGUUCAGGCUUCCCCCUCUCCCCCUCCCUCCUUCUCUGCCCCUCCCCUUCCCUCUCUAGCUUUCUCCCCCUCCCUCUCUACCAUUUCCUCCCCCCUUCUCUACCUCUCCCUCACCCCUAUCCCCCUCUCUCCCCUUAACUCUCCCCUUCUCUCCUCCUCACUCUCCUCCUCUCUUCCCUCUCCCUCUCCUCCUCUCUCUCCCUCUCUCUCCACCUCCACCUCCCUCUUUCUCACAGUUGAACAGGUUGCCUCUGACUUAAAGUUCACAAAUAACCUGUUGAGGGUUACAGCUGGGCCGGAGAUGGCAGAUUUCUUAGGCUAAUGGCCUAUUUCUUAAUCUCUGAGUGGUGACUACGAACAUUGUAAAACUGCAUUUCUUUUCAUUUAUUAGAAUAUUAUUUAAUCCUCCCAAAGGCCUAACAACUCACUCUGUAAUCAUUAUUCUCUUUAUAAAUUCUCAGUUUAUAUGUUAAACUAUUACAUUGUAGACUUGUGUAUAAAGGCUGCUUCGCACCAA